AUGAAGCGCUUCCCGCGAACAGCCCUCUCCGCUCCUUUGCAUCAUACCCUGUGCUAUCGACUGCCGAGUCCACGCUUCACUCCCUUCAACCACUUUCGAGCAAUCACCAUCAACACCGACGACAUGGGGAAAGAGAAGGCGCCGCAGUUCCCCUUGAAGGUGCCCAAGGGUACCAAAGAUUGGGAUGGCAAGGACAUGGUCAUCAGGGAGAAGAUCUUCAACACCAUCACUGACGUCUUCAAGCGCCACGGAGCAGUGACAAUUGACACGCCAGUCUUCGAGCUCAAGGAGAUCCUCUCAGGCAAAUACGGCGAAGACAGCAAACUCAUCUACGACCUCGCAGACCAAGGCGGCGAACUCUGUUCCCUCCGCUACGACCUCACAGUGCCCUUCGCGCGAUGGCUCGCCAUGAACUCCUCCGUCCAGAACAUCAAGCGCUACCACAUCGCCAAAGUCUACCGCCGAGAUCAGCCCGCCAUGACCAAAGGCCGCAUGCGUGAGUUCUACCAAUGCGACUUCGACAUUGCUGGUGCCUACGACCCAAUGCUUCCCGAUGCCGAGAUUCUGCGAAUCACAUGCGAGAUCUUCGAGGCGCUGGGCUGGAAGGGCCGAUACACGAUCAAGCUCAAUCACCGCAAGAUUCUGGAUGGUAUAUUCUUGGUGUGUGGUGUCCCUACGGACAAGGUGCGGACGAUAUCGUCGGCGGUGGACAAGCUGGAUAAGUCGCCGUGGGAGGAGGUGCGGAAAGAGAUGACCGAGGAGAAGGGGCUAGAUCCGGACGUGGCAGAUCGCAUCGGCGAGUAUGUGGUGCAGAAGGGCGGACAAGAGCUGCUGGAGAAGCUACAGAAGGGCGAGAAGCUAUCGAACAUCGAGUCGGCAAAGGCCGGUCUCGAGGAUAUCUCACUCCUCUUCAGCUAUUUACGAACUUUCGGCAUCCUCGAGCGCAUUUCAUUCGACAUGUCGCUCGCGCGCGGACUCGACUACUACACAGGACUCAUUUACGAGGUCGUCACAGAAGGCUCCGCACCACCCGCAUCGGAAGCGAAUGGCGCGCCAAAGCGAAAGUCAAAGAAACCAUCGAAAUCAGCAGACGGAGACGAAGACCGCUCUGACGACCCCAGCGUCGGGGUGGGUUCCGUGGCAGCGGGAGGACGCUACGACAACCUCGUGGCCAUGUUUAGCGGAAAGCAGCAGAUUCCUUGUGUCGGCAUCUCCUUCGGUGUGGAGCGCAUUUUCAGUAUCACGAAACAACGACUGGCGACUGAUGCAUCGGCGGCACCGAUCCGAAUGAGUGAAGUGGAUGUGUAUGUGAUGGCCUUUGGUGGCAAGGGCUUUGAGGGCCUACUACAAGAGCGCAUGGACGUUGCUAAGAGACUCUGGGACGCUGGGAUCAAAGCGGAAUUCAGCUGGAAAGUCAAGCCGAAGCUGCCGCAGCAGUUCAAGGCCGCGGAAGCUAACUCCGUGCCUUUUGCUGUCAUCUUAGGCGAGGAGGAGCUUGCUGCUGGCCAAAUCAAAAUCAAAGAGAUGGGACUACCGGAGGGCCACGCAGAGAAGGACGGCGUGUUGGUACAGCUAGUGGACCUCGAGCGGGAGGUGAAGGACAGGAUUGCGCGACAAACAUAA